AGACUGUGCAUUUCAUGUUUUCCAUGGCAGUCGGUUAAGAGUCUCCGUCAAGUGUACCACUUUCAUCCUUCUAGUUGUUUAGAUGUGAAGAAGAUUUGAGUGUUUUAGAAAACAAAUCCCAUUGAGUUCGACUACAAUGGUUGUCAACGGCAAGGGAACGAGCAACGAUGAGCCACUGUUCACAAUCGAAGACAACAUAUUGAAGGGAAGGGUUGUUAAGAUAGACAGCAAAUACACUAGCAUUGGGAAGUUACUGUUCGAUUCUUUAAGAAACAAGCCGGAUUUUAUCGGCCAGGUGGACACGAUCACCGGAAACGAAGACACCUUCGGAGAAAUUGCGGAUCGUGCUGUGAAAUGUGCUCUGUGGUUGCAAAAAUACGGAGUGGGAAAGGGUGACGUCGUCGCAAUUUCCACGCAUAAUCAUUUGGAUGCCGUUGUCCCAUACUUCGCGACAUUUUUUUUGGGCGCUAUCGCCAAUCCAUGGGAUUACGAAAUGAAUAUCCAACUGGCGCGUCAUUUUAUCAAACUGACGCAGCCGAAAGUAAUCUUCGCGAACGAGAAAUCGGUGAGUGUGAUAAUGGAAGCGUCAAAAAUCGAGGUUUUCCACACGAAAGUGGUAUCCUUUAGUGGCUUUCCUGGAACAAUACCGUUCUCGGACGUGUUAAAAGAUCAUACUGAAUCUGCGGUGGUUAACUUCGAGUGCAAACAAAUCGAGGAUCACCUCACGGCGUUGAUCCUCUUCUCGUCCGGGACGACGGACUUACCGAAGGGUACGCAAUUGUCAAACAGAGCGCUAUUGAACGUGAUGGAAUUAAACGAGAAUUUUGCUCUAAGUACAACGACACCCAUGUGGUUCAGCUCCCUGUACUGGGUCAGUGGGUCUCUACUCAGUUUGAAGAGCAUCACUAGUUACUCGAAGAAAAUUAUCGCGCCGGAUUUCGACGAGAAGACUGCUUGCGAAUUGAUUGAAAAAUUUCAAGUUAGUUGGUUAAUGUUGAGCACCAGCAUGUCGAAUCGACUUGUCCGAUAUAAUCACUUACACGAAUACAACUUAUCCUCCUUGAAAACGUUGCUUACCGGUGGAGCUAUCCUUACGAAAGAGUCAGAGGAAUUAAUGAGAAAAAAUUUGCCGAACACACGAAUUAUACAAGCAUACGGUAUGACCGAGCUUUGCGGCUUAGUUCUUAUACAAUUACCGGACACCGUGAGCGGAUCUUGUGGCGUGAUAAGCACGAACUGCCAAGCGAAAAUCGUGGACCCCGGGACAGGGAACGUGCUCGGUCCGAAUCAGCCUGGCGAGCUUUGUGUGAAAUCGUGGUCAAUGAUGACCGGCUAUUACCGAAACCCUGAAGCCACGAAGGCCACCAUCGACAAAGAGGGAUGGAUGCACACGGGCGACCUGGCUUACUAUAACGAGAAAGGAGAAUUUUUCAUUAUCGACAGAUUGAAGGAACUUAUAAAAUACCAGGGACAUCAAAUGACACCUGUAGAAAUCGAAACUGUGUUACAUUCCCAUCCAGCUGUUUUAGAAGUAGCAGUGGUUGGCAUACCACAUCCUACCGACGACGAACAUCCCGUUGCUUUUGUUAGCAAGGUACCAAAUAAAGAGGUCUCCGCAGAAGAAUUAAUAAAAAUUGUGGAAAUGAACUUGAUGGAUCAUCACAAGCUCCGUGGCGGAGUAAAAUUUUUACCAACCUUGCCACAUACUCAUUCAGGAAAAAUUGCGAGAAAGGAAUUAAGAGCCGUCGCGAAGACGCUCGCAGAUUUUUAAUUUCUGAUUUGAUAUUUUGAAAUAAUACAAUGAAUUAAUAGUAGUAAAUAAACAGUAUUAAAUAAUUGUAUUAAAAACGAAAUCAACGAAUAAUAAAUUGUAAUAAAUGUUUUUUACUGCAAUAAGGAAUAGUGAGAUAAAGGAGAUGAAAUCAAAUUAGUUUCGCAUUGAAGUUUUUUGGAAAUUAAUACAAUUUAUUGCAUGACUUUAUUAUAAAUCUGCGGAAAAAUAAAAUUAUGCUUUUUUGUAA